UUCUUGGCUAUGAGGAAUGCACAUGAGGAUUGUGAAGAAGUUGUAAAACAGGUUUCAAAGAAUGGUCGUCUUAUGUUUGUGCUGCAACAAAAGCUCAAGAAUCUAAAGACUACUCUCCAUAGGUGGAACCACAAUGGAUUUGGGAAUGAACACGAGAAUUUGAAAUCUAAACUAAAAAUCUUGAAAGAUAUACAACUAAAGCUCACCACGGCUGGUCUUGAGGUAUUGAGCAGAGGAAUUGAGCAAGUAGUUCAGCAAAAACAGAUUCUGCAUAUGGAUAACCCACAGGCAAACAAGAAGAGCCUUAGGAACAUGAUGAAUUUGCUGAGGUCAUAUGGGCAAGC